AUGGCAGAGAAAACUGUGCCUCCUCUGGCAAUUGUUGGGCUAUCACUCAAAUUUCCACAGGAUGCUGUCUCUCCAGAAUCUUUCUGGGAAAUGGUCGUGGAAGGGCGGUGCGCCUCGACAGACUUUCCACCAGAUAGGUUGAGCAUCGACUCCCAUCAUAACCUGGACUCAAGUCGACUUGACAGCUUGUCGCCACGGGGAGCGCACUUUUUGGCAGAGGAUCUGUCUCUUUUUGAUGCCCCUUUCUUUUCUAUCACUGCAGCAGAGGCAGAUGCCAUGGACCCCCAGCAGCGACUGGUUCUGGAGACUGCCUUCCGAGCCUUAGAAAAUGGUGGAAUCACCAUGAAUGACAUCGCGCAGUCUAAGACUUGCGUUUUUGCUGCCGUCACAGGCCAUGACUACCUGAUGUUGUCGACAAAAGAUACGCAAUAUCUGCAUAAGUGGAAUAUCACAGGGACAACUUCGAAUAUGCUUGCAAAUCGGGUCAGCUGGUUUUUUGACCUGAACGGACCCAGCGCAGCGAUUGAUACAGCCUGCUCAAGCAGCCUGAUGGCUAUCGAUAUGACUUGUCAGUCUAUCUGGAGCGGUGAUUCAACCAUGGGUUUGGCCAUUGGAAGUAACAUCAUCUUGGCUUUGGAAACUUCGCUCAUGAUGGACAAUUUGGGACUGUUGUCAAAAGAUAGCCAUUGUUACAGCUUCGAUCAACGUGCUAAUGGAUACUCACGAGGAGAAGGAGUGGGUGUCCUUGUUAUCAAACCUUUGGAAGAUGCAGUUCGAGAUGGGGAUACGAUUCGAGCUGUCAUCCGUUCUUCCGCCUCAAAUCAAGAUGGAAAGACUCCGGGAAUUACGCAACCAAGCCCUAAACUCCAGGAACAACUUAUCAGAGACACCUAUCACAAGGUAGGACUGGACAUAGCAGACACGAGAUACUUCGAGGCGCACGGAACAGGCACUGCUGUCGGGGAUCCAACUGAAAUCAAUGCCAUUGGAUCUGUGUUUCGACCGCAUCGUUCUGUGAAUGAGCCAUUGUACAUUGGGUCAGUGAAAUCAAACAUUGGGCAUCUUGAAGGUGCCAGUGGAAUUGCGGGCGUCAUAAAAACAGUUUUGGCCCUUGAGAAAGGGAUAAUUCCGCCUAACAGUGUCAACUUGCAAAACCUAAACACCAGAAUUGACGACAGCUUCCUGAAUAUCAAUUUCCCACAAAGGGCUCUACCCUGGCCUUCUGAAGGGCUCCGGCGGGCAUCGGUGAGCUCCUUUGGUUACGGAGGCUCUAAUUCCCACAUUAUAUUGGAUGAUGCAUACCACUUUCUGAAGCGGAAUGGACUCAAAGGGAUUCACAAUACGCUUGUUUCCUCUCAGUCACCCGAGAGCAGAAGCAGCAAUUGGUCCGUGGUUGGGGAAAUCAGUUCAGAUGAAGAUAGCUUCAGUCCCGACGACGCACCAAAGCUGUUUGUCCUUUCAGCAGCAGAUGAAAAGGGAAUUAUUCGGCUUCAAAAAGCCUGGAAAUCACGAUGCUUGACAAUCUCAAAUUCAAGCAAUGGAGACCCAUCUUUCCUCAAAAAUCUGGCUUAUACGCUAACAUGCAGGCGAACACAUUUUUCAUGGAGAACAUGGGCUAUUGCUCGUCCAUCAGAAAGCCUGGAAACUUUGCUUAGCCGAUUUUUACCAACACCGCAGUCCCGUGUAUCAGCUAACCUUGCCAUGAUCUUUUCUGGGCAAGGAGCUCAGUGGUACGCGAUGGGGCGCGAGCUUCUUGAUCUUUAUCCCGUAUUCUUGCGAAGUGUUGAAGAAGCCGGGCAGUAUCUUCAAACUCUAGGAUGCGAAUGGAAUCCUAUUGAUGAGUUCAGCCGCGGCGAAUCCUCUUCCAACGUCAAUAAAACCGAGUACAGUCAAAUUUUGUGCACAAUCCUCCAGGUCGCCCUGGUGGAUCUCCUUCGUUCUUUGAAUAUUAUUCCUAAAGCAGUGCUUGGACAUUCAUCUGGAGAAGUGGCAGCAGCAUAUUGCUCUCGCGGAAUAUCGAGGAACUCAGCGUGGAAAGUGUCUUACUAUCGGGGCAAUAUGAGCAGUACACUGGAAAAAACUAGCAAGAUGAAAGGUUCUAUGCUUGCAGUCGCCCUGUCAGAAAAAGAAGUUCUCUCAUACCUUGAACGGCUUGCCGAGGAGUUUGAAAUUGUCAAAGUCUCAGUUGGCUGCAUCAAUAGUCUCAAGAGCGUAACUAUGUCUGGAGAAGUGAUUCAGCUCGAGUCCAUGAAAAUCAUGUUGGAAAAGGACGAUGUAUUUUGCCGGAUGCUUAAGGUGAAUUUGGCCUAUCAUUCCUCCCAAAUGAAAGAAAUUGCAGAUCUUUAUAUGCAAGCUCUGGGAGAAUUGGAGUCAGAUUAUACAGGAAAUAAGCAUUGGCCAGAGAUGAUAUCCUCCGUGACCGGCGACUGGGUCAAGCCUGGAGAUACCGCUUGCGCUGCGCAUUGGGUUAAUAACAUGGUUUCUCCAGUACAAUUUUCUGACGCGUUGUCCACUCUCUGCUCGGGAUCAUCCGCAGAUUUGAGCAAGAAGCUAGAUGGCAGCCACCGCAGGAAAGUAUCAAUUGACCAUAUACUCGAAGCUGGUCCCCAUUCAGUCUUGCAAGGGCCUUGCAAGGAUGUAUUGAAGAACAUAAAGCGAGACACCUCUGUUGAGUAUAUCUCGCUACUUGUGCGAAAUAAGUCAGCAGAGGAUACGGUGCUUGCUGCUUUUGGCAAACUCCAUACCGCUGGCUAUCCGAUAGACCUUGCUGUUGUGAAUGGGUUUACCACUGAAGGAUGUGGAAUUCUUAAGUCCCUACCGGAUCUUCCUGAGUAUCCCUUCAAUCAUGACAUAUCUUACUGGCAUGAGAGUGAUAUCAGCAAGAACUAUCGUUUACGUCAAUUUGCCUGCAAUGAUCUUUUGGGGGUUGCCGACCCAACCUUGAAUCCCUUUGAAAAUAGAUGGAGACAUUUUUUGCGGGUUUCUGAAAUGCCGUGGACCCAAGACCAUCAGAUUAACGGUACCAUACUGUAUCCUGCUGCAGGAAUGUUGGCGAUGGCAAUAGAAGCUGCCAAGCAAGUUGCAGAGCAAGGCAGAACUAUUGCCGGCUUCAAUAUCGAGGAGGCCAAGUUCCUCGCCGCAAUUAUUGUGCCACCUGGGACACUUGGAAUCGAGACAAGUUUCUAUCUUCGGCCUACCAAGAACAGGCAAUCCAAAGGCUCUUCGUGGUAUGACUUCCGCCUCUGCACAUAUGAGAAUAAAAGGUGGACGGAGAAUUGUACCGGGUCCAUCCAAACUGUGUAUACUUCUGAUGAAGACAAUGCUGAAAUGGAUAAACGCCAAGCAGAAGAACUGCAAAGCUACCAAUUGGCAUCAUGCACUGAUUCUGAACAAGCUUGUACGCUGCUGGUGGACAGAUCUAAUCUUUACACUCAUUUACAAAAGUCCGGCUAUAGCUAUGGAGAUGCCUUUCAGCUAAUUAAAACAUUGUCGCUGAGUCCUGAGAAGGCAUGUGUAGUUGCACAAGUGGAAAGAUUCGUGUCAUCGGCAGGCGAAAUAAUUCACCCAACCACACUUGAUGCCAUUAUGCAGACGUCAAUUUUCACAACGAUAAUUUCUGAGACAGAGGAAAUUCCUACGGCUGUUCCGACAUCUGUUGGGAAUCUGUGGGUUGCCAGUCGAGCUCUCAGCAACCUAUCAUGCAAUAUUUUGAGGACGCAUGCCACUCACAAUGCAGGAUCUACGUUCCUCGGUCCAUCUGUCGACAUCAUCGCAUUUGACACAAAAACAAAUGCGGUACUAAUUUCGUUUGAAAAGCUUGGGACAAAUGUAGUUGGCGAAGUAGAGCCCAAAGACAGUUCACCGGAGUCAGCAAAUGAUCUCUGCCAUCAUGUUCAAUGGAAGCCGAACCUCAACGUACUGAGCAACAAAGAAGCGGCAGACCUCUGCAGAGGCGAACUCUCUGACUUACCAGAUCCGAGUGAUUUCUUCAAUGACGUGGAUUUCAUUUGCAUGGCGCGCAUCAGUGAAGCACUUGAAAUGCUGAAUGAUCAGGUGUUCAAGCCUUCCAACCCACAUCUUGAACAUUACGUGGAAUGGAUGAAAUAUCGACAGAAACUGCUCGACCAAGGACAGAUUCGAUUUUCUUCUGAGACAUGGAAGAUUAGACUAACCGAUAAUAGCUUUCUUCACAACGUUGAGCAUCAGCUGUUGAAUUUGAACAAACGAGGCUAUCUCUAUGUCACUAUUGCCCAAAACUUACAGAAUUUACUCACUGGCCAGCUGGAUCCAUUGAGCCUUCUUCAAGAAGGAAACAUGCUCAAAGAAUUUUUCUUUGAAGAGCUUAACGAGUCUCACGGGAUCAAACAAUUUGGUAAAUACCUAGAUCUUCAAUCUCAUAUUAACCCCAAGAUGAAGAUAGUAGAGGUCGGCGCAGGCGAUGGAUCCAUGACAGAGAUUAUGCUACAAACUCUGGGUUGUAUUGAUAAAACUGACUCUCAGUAUGCCCAAUGGGACUUUACUGAUAUAUCGACGUCAUUGUUUUCCGAUGCUCAGACAAAAUUCCAGCAAGAGACCAGACUGAUGAAAUUCAAAGUUCUAAAUAUUGAAGAAGAUCCGCAAAAGCAGGGAUUUGAUUGUGGAACAUACGACAUGGUCGUUGCGUGCUUGGUAUUCCAUGCUACUUCAGAUCUCAAAGCCACUCUGUGCCAUGCUCGGAAGCUUCUCAAACCAGGUGGCAAGCUCAUACUGUAUGAGAUCGUCGUUCCCAACGUUCGGUCCACCUUUGUGUUCGGCCUUCUAGAGGAAUUCUGGCGAAGCUCGGAGUCUUAUCGAACGCUGGGACCUUGCAUUGACACUCGACAAUGGAACGAACUUCUUCUUCAGACCGGAUUUUCUGGCCUGGAUGUAAUACUUCCUGACUUUGAUGGAUCUAUAUCUCAUGAAUACGCGUUGAUGGUCUCCACGGCUGUUGAUGAGCCGACAAAGGUAGCUCCUGUCUCAAAAAUCGAAAUCGUCUACAACAGCGUCGAGCCAAUGCAACAGGAGCUCGCAUUGUCUCUUGUCAAAUACUGUGGAACAAUCUCAACAUCUGCAAUUUGCUCAUCUGUUGAGGAAGCAAUAAGUCACAGAUCUGAUGAUUCUCUGUUAAAAAUCUUCCUUCUCGAACUUGAAGGUCCUAUCUUCUCCGACAUUCAACCAGAACUGUUUAGUCAAUUGCAACUCCUCCUCUCAUCCACCACACGUGUGCUCUGGAUUAAUCAGGGAGGAGGCAUUCUGGCUUCCCAGCCCCACGCCCACCUUACGGAGGGCCUAUUUCGCGUAUUGAUGACAGAGAAUAGCAAUCGCGAUCUUCACCUGCUUUCUUUGGAGCCCACCAAUGUUUUGAAUGGAAGACAAAAUGAUCACAUUGCAAGAAUUGUCAAAUUGCUUCUGUCAACAGCGGCCCCUGAUGCAGAAAUGGAAUAUAUGGAGCGGGAUGGAUUACUGCAUUCUCCUCGCUUGAUCUCUUCUCAGACAUUGAAUGAUAGCAUAUCCCUCAUGUCCAGCUCGUAUCAACGCCAAAUGCAGGAAUUCGAUUAUCAAACUCCACUUCAAUUAAAUGCUGACUCUCCGGGACUGCUUAAUGGCUUUGAGUUUGUGGAAAAUGCAAUUUUGCACAGUCCCCUCCAGCCAGAUGAGAUCGAGAUUGAGGUUAAAUGUGCCGGAGUGAACUUCCGCGACAUCCUGAUUGCAGUUGGUCAAUUGAAAGCAAACCACACUGGAUCUGAAUGCUCUGGAAUUGUCACUAAGGUGGGUAAUGCUUGUGAAGAAUUCAGGGUGGGUGAUUCUGUCGCUGCUCUUGUCGAUGGAUCUUUUGCCAACUUGAUCCGUAUCCGCGAGAGUGGUCCCGUUGUUAAGAUCCCGGAUGGUAUAUCCUACUCAGAUGCCUCCGCGGUGCCAGUAACAUUUGCUACAGCAUAUGUUUCAUUACACAAUGUGGCCCACAUUCAGCCUGGCGAGACUGUACUGAUUCAUUCAGGAACUGGAGGCACCGGUCAAGCUGCGAUACAGAUUGCCCAAAAAGCUGGAGCAACUGUUUUCGCAACAGUUGGCUCCAAAAGCAAGAAGCAACUCCUCAUGGAUGCUUAUAACAUCCCUGAAUCACAUAUAUUCUCGAGUCGGUCGACAUUGUUCUCGAAGAUGAUUAAGCUCCGAACAGGGGGGAAGGGAGUUGAUGUUAUCCUUAACUCACUCGCAGGGGAGAGUCUGUUAGCAUCAUGGAGAUGCAUUGCUCCAUAUGGUCGAUUCUUAGAGAUCGGAAAGAAGGACAUUCUCUCGAAUCAACAGCUCCCUAUGCUCCAGUUCCUGGAUAAUGUUAGCUACAGUGGUGUGGACUUGGCGGUUAUGUCACAUGAACGACCUGAAGUAUGCAUCGCUGCUCUCAAGUCGGUAUUUGCCUCUAUAAAGGAUGGCACCUUACAUCCACCUCAGCCAAUCAACCUGUUCGGGGUUGGUGAAAUUGAGAAGGCUUUCCGAUUGAUUCAAUCUGGAAAACACAUCGGGAAGAUUAUAAUUGAGAUGAAGCGACAGGAUCGGGUCAUGACCGUCUUGAAAACAAGGCCCAGUCUCUCGUUGGAUCCAAAUGCAACAUUUGUGGUUUCUGGUGGUUUGGGUGGUCUGGGAAAAAAUAUUUCUUGCUGGCUGGCAGACCACGGAGCUCGCCACUUGCUUGUUCUUUCGCGAUCUGGGAGCCAAGGUGCAAAAGGUAUGGCUCUAACCAGGUACCUUGAAAAAAGGGGCGUCCAAAUCUUGGCACCCUCGUGUGACAUAUCGGAUGAAGAAUCGUUGCAAAAUGCUUUGAGUGAAUGUAGAUCGAAAAUGCCGCCAAUCAAAGGAUGUAUACAGGCAGCGAUGGUCUUGAGAGAUGCUUUAUUUGAGGGUAUCUCUCACGAGCUUUGGCGCGAAGUUCUUGGUUCCAAAGUUCAAGGGUCUUGGAACCUUCAUCGACAGCUUCCCAAAGGCAUGGACUUUUUCAUCAUGCUAUCUUCCAUUGCGGGAGUUUUGGGAAACGCUGGACAAGCUAACUAUGCCGCCGGUAAUACCUUCCAAGAUGCCUUGGCUCGGCAUCGUAUCGGGCUGAAUGAGAAAGCGACUGCACUUGACUUGGGCGCGAUUGCCUUCGCUGGUGCUAUAGCGAAUGAUUCACGGCUUCAUGAAGAGCUGAUCAGCAAUGUUGGCUUUAAGCCGGUGACUGAAGCACAGAUACAUGCGCUUCUGUCCAAGUAUUGUGACCCUGAGAUUGGUCUAUGCACUUCCUUGGAGUGUCAAACGACCGUUGGUUUGACACCCAGCGCGUUAUCUCAAAGCGUACAAUGGCAAAAUAGACCACUCGUUCGACGCUUGAUCAGAAAUGAACAAUAUAAUGCUGAUGAGGAUACCGAAUCAGGUGGGACUAUUGGGGCAAGCUCUUUAAAACAUGCUACAUCUUUGUCCAACGCAAAUGAGCUUGUCACCGCAGCCUUCGCUGCGAAGCUUUCGAAAGCAUUAGGCAUUGCGGUUGCCGAUAUUGACGCAAACAAGCCCCUGCAUCAAUACGGAGUUGACUCGCUCGUUGCGGUGGAGCUGCGAAGUUGGUUUGGUAAAGAGCUGCAAGCAGAGCUAGGAGUUUUUGAAAUUCUUGGAGAAGCCACACUAUCCUCAGUGGCCAAACUGGCGACCAGGAAGAGCAAACUGGUGACAAUCGCGUAG